CGAUAUACAGGCUGCCGACUAGCAACCCGCUAUCAAAGUAAUUAAACUUGCUUGUAGCAGGAGGGCAACAUCUGGAGUUGGCAUAUAAUUAGGUUCUCCCCUUUAAAGUUUGAAGUCUUCUGGCUACGGGUGAAGGUGUAUAUAUACAGAGAAAAAGGGAAGUCUUGCUUUGAACCCUCUUUCAAAUUUGGCCUCUUUAUCCAGAUCUCUAGAUGUCCUUCAGUCCAAAUAUGAUCGGCAUUACCAUCCUGAGCAGUGAUCCUUCUGGUGGCACCAAAGCUCUCUAUUGCCCACCAACCAUCUACAAGCCAACUGGCUCCAAUCCCAGCAUCUGCCCACCCUACAGCUCCUUAGCUGGCACUGCGGCCAGGUGCUACAUACCACGUAGAUACCGUAACUUGUAUGGCCUUAGCCCCAAUUCCUUUCUUUCUGACCCGUCCACGGCCCGCAUCUAUAGUUCCUCACCCAGUUAUUGGAGAAGUGGCUAUCAGCCAUGUAAUUAUGAGUACAUCUACAACAGCAAUCAAGGAUACUUUGAUCCAUGCACUUAUGGGUACCUCUCUAGGGGUGUCCAAAGAAGCUCUGAUCCAUAUGGAUUGGCAUACCUCUACAGCUAUCGUAGAAGAUACUGCGAUCCAUGUGACUAUAGCUAUUCUCCAACCUAUGGUAGAAUAUGCUAUGAGCCAUGUGUUUAUAACUAUCCCUCCAACUAUGGCAGAAGCUAUUAUCCCUCCCGUGGCUAUACCUAUCGUUGUGGGUACAGCAGCGAUCCGUGCGGCUACAGCUCCGCUCCUAGUUCCUAUCAGCCACGCUACGCAGACCGCCGACGCUACAGCUGUCGACCUGUUUCUUGUGACCCUUCCAGAUUCUCUUCCGAAUCGCACUACUCUUCAGGAUGUCGGAGACGCAGCUCUGGCUGUUGCAAUGAUUGUGGCCUUUAUUAACUCGCUCUUGCCAGGCCCCCUCCAAGCUAAGCUAAAGGCAUGCAGAGUUACUACUAUGCAGCUUCCUUUAUUGUCUGUAGACAGAAUCUUGCCAAACUGAAGUAACUGCAGGCAUCAAUAGAGAUAUGCGCUGAAAUUCUCUAGGGAGGAGCCACCUUAACACUCUUCCUUCCAACUAAACUGUCGCUGUUUCUUGGUCCUCUGGAAUGCACCCGCUCCUUUCCGGGAAUCCAGACCACAUUCCACCACACUGUAGAAGAAACAUCCAGAACAUCCAAGAUCCACCUUCUCAAACAUGCUCACAAAAACUCUCCUCUCUUCAGUGCAAUUGAACUGAUAUGGGUGGGUUAUCCAAGAGAUUUUUGGAGACCACAAAGGACCGGUUUUCACAAAUUUAUACCAACUUUUGCUAGCUCCAUUCUACAUGCCAUUGUCCUUCAUUCCGUAACUCAUCUCGCCUAGAGAAAUCUGCACUUUGCGUUGGGUGUUGUCACAUUCUUUAUUUUCACGCCAAAUAAAGCUUGUUCUAAAUU